AUGUCCGAAAAUGGCGACUUAUUCUCAGUAAUUGACUCCAAACAACAUGGGCUGCUGCGACGGAAAGUAGCCUCAUCAUACAGCAUGACCUGUCUGGUGCAGAUGGAGCCCAGCAUUGGGCACUGCGUAUCCCUACUGGUAGAGCGGUUCCGUGAGCUGGCGAAAACCGGUCAGACGUUUGAUAUGCGUCAUUGGAUGCAGUGUUAUGCUUUUGAUGUGAUCGGGUUGAUUACACUCGAUAAACGGUUCGGAUUCCUGGAUGCCGGCCAAGAUCAGGGAGGCCUUCUUCCGGCAGUGGACGCCUACUUUAUGUAUGCGACUCAUGUGGGGGUGUAUCAUGAAAUGCAUCCUAUACUAAUCCGACUGCUCUCAUUCCUGCCUACGUCAGGAAUGAUUCAUCUGCAGAAUUUUGCCGUCGAGCAAGUCAACCAUGGAAAGGCGUUGUUGGAUGCUGGAUACAGAAUGGAUGACGCGUUCCUAGUGAGACUGUUACGUAUGCAUGCACAGAACCCGGAAAAAAUGAGUCUUAACGAUGUUAUAACCUACUGUGGCGAGAAUGUUGGUGCAGGUUCCCAUACCACUUCGAUCUCCAUUGCGGCUAUUAUGUACCAUCUGCUGAACGCACCCAUCGUGUAUGUCACGCUCCGCGAAGAGAUCGAUCUUGCUACUAGCCAGGGGAGAAUCUCGUCUAGUAUCAGCUAUCAGGAGGCACAGAAACUCCCGUAUCUUCAAGCUUGUACUAAAGAAGCUAUUCGUGUCCAUCCGGUGACGGGAUUGCCUAUGAUGAGAGUUGUUCCUAAGGGGGGGAUGACUCUAUGUGGACGAUACUUUCCCAAGGGAGUAGUUAACGCAUGGACCAUCCAUCGCAACCCGACCAUAUUCGGCGACGACGCGGACAUCUUCCGUCCAGAGCGAUGGUUCGACAGCGACGAGCGAGUAUCGCUGAUGGAACGGAACUUGUUUAGUUUUGGAGCCGGAACUCGCACCUGCAUUGGCAAGAACAUUAGUCUAAUUGAGAUAUCCAAGUUGGUGCCGGAGCUCAUCCGCCGGUUUGAUUUCAAACUGGCAAAUCCGGAGAUCGAGUUGAAGACGGUGAAUCGGUGGUUUGUUCAGCAGAAAAAUGUACUGUGUCGAGUUCACUUAAGAUAA